AUGAAGCAAUCCUUUUAAAUCAAAUCUGACAUAUAACUUUGCUUUAAAAUUGUGUUCUUGGGGUCCAGUUCAGUGGGCAAAACCUCGAUCAUUAAGCGAUUCCUCAAAAACGAAUUUGCGAUGAAGUCGAUGAGCACUGUAGGAGUGGCAUGCGAAUCGAAAGUAAUUACUAUAAACAACCAAUAAGUAAAGGUGCAAUUGUGGGACACUGCAGGACAAGAGCGCUUCAGGUCCUUGACCAAGAAUUACUACAGAGGUUGUGACGCAGUGGUGAUUGUCUAUGACAUUUAAAACAUGAAAAGUUUCGAAUAGGUCAAUGGUUGGAUAGCUGAUUUCGAGGACAAAUGCGAAAGACCAGCAAUAAAGAUGUUGUUAGGAAAUAAAAUCGAUCUGAGUCGAGAAGUCGGAAUUGAGUUGGGUCAGCUCUUCGCCAGAAAACAGAAACUAUUAUUCCACGAAGUAUCAGCAAAAGAGAACAUCAACAUCGAAAAUGCCAUCAUCAAACUAAUCGAAAUUUUGAUUCAAGCAAGAUAAAUCGAUUCUGGUGACAAAGUAGUCCGAAGGGGCUCUCUUGUCGAAGGCAAAUCCAAUAAUGGAGACAUGUCAAACAGUGGAAUUAGCAAAUCAACCAGACCUGUAUCCUACAAACCCCCAGAAAAAGAUGCUUCCAUAUCCGAUACUUCUAAAUUAUAGGCUAUUAAAUCGGGGGGUGAAAGUUCACAAGAAGAAUCUCCUUAUACUUCUGGUCCUGUGUUGUAACAGACAUCUCCACCCACCAUCAUUGUCACUCCGCCUGAAGAUACUAACGCUGUCAGUCAGGAUGAGAACAAUAUGUGGUUAUAAGAAUCUAAGAAGAACAAGUUGAUGAAAAAGAAAUCUCAUUGUGUAAGCACUCUAGCUGUGCCGUUGAAAUUGGUUCAUCCCAGAGAUUCAGAGGUGAAUAGGGACGAGUAUCUUCUAAGACACAAUGUCAAUCAGGGGUGUUUCUGUUCAUGUUGA